AGUGACAGGUCACGUGUGCGGGUUAGGGUCAAAAGAGGCCAGAUUUCAUGGGAGUCAAAAACUGUAUAUGACACCGACGUACGUAAUAAUGCACGCGCACAGUCCGUUUCUCGAGUACUCACCGUGCAGCCGCGCAUAAUGAAUAAGAAAAUACAUGUAUAUGGUUAAGUUUUCUGUGAAUAUCCGCGUCGGGCUAGGUGACUGCAACACAUUGUGGGUAGAUUGAUUAAUCGCACCAGCGCAUCACUCUUAGUGCGCGGAAACUAAAGAUCAGUCGCAUUCGCAGGUGAUGCCGAGAUAGCAGACUUUGUUGUUGCACCACGGCGCAUGCAGCACUGGGGUCGACCAGCCCCGGUGUAUGUACCGCGUUCUUAUAAGUGAUUUUCUCCCGGCGGACCAUGGGCUCCGGGUCUAGCGUUGCUUCGGCCCGCCGGCUCAAGGGGCGCAGGCAGGGGAAGGUUGUGGACGUGGCCGCGCUGAAGGAGUCGGCGUUCCGGAAUCGCGAGAUCAAUAAAAUCAUCGAGGAAGAUCGGCAAGUCAUGAGGAAGACGGUCAAACUUCUCCUUCUGGGUGCUGGAGAGUCUGGCAAGAGUACAUUCGCAAAACAGAUCAGAUUGAUCCACCACGGCGGGUUCAGCGACAGUGAACGAAUGGUGUACAAGGCGGUGAUCAACUCCAACCUCAUCAACGGAAUGCGGGACAUCCUCGACGCCAUGUCGAUGCUCGACAUUCCCUACAGCAACCAAACACGACAGAUGGACGAAUCUAUAUUCAGAGCCCAGGCCGAAUUGGUGGAGAUGGGCACCUCGGAUGUGACACAACUACUGGCAGACACCGUCACAGACCUGUGGAGAGACCCAGGGGUGCAGCAGUGCUACGACAGAUCCAAUGAAUACCAGCUGCUAGACUCCAUCUCCUAUUUUGUAGAGAACGUCUAUCGAUUGGCUGAGCCGAACUGGUUACCCACAGAUGAGGAUAUCGUGCGGUCCCGUUUACGGACUUCCGGGAUCAUCGAAACAAGAUUCCAGUUUCGUGGACUUACUUUCAGAUUGUUGGAUGUCGGUGGACAGCGGAACCAAAGACAGAAGUGGAUCCAUUGUUUUGAUGACGUGACGGCGGUUCUCUUCACCGUGGCCAUCAGCGCUUACGAUCAAGUGUUAAGGGAGGAUAACCACACGUCCCGGAUGGAGGAGAGUCUCCUGCUCUUUGCCUCCAUCUGCAACUGCAAGUGGUUCACCAAGACCGCCACGAUGCUGUUCCUGAACAAAUGCGACAUCUUUGAAGAAAAGAUUCGGCGAGUUCCAUUAAAACGCUACUUCCAGACAUACAAUGGACCGAACGAGGCUGAACCGGCAAGGACUUUUAUCUGUGAUGUCUUUAAGAAGUUGAGUAACUCCAAGUCCAGACAGGUCUACCAUCACUUCACGACGGCUGUGGACAGGUCGAACGUCCAGUUUGUCUUUGAUGCUGUCACGGACGUGGUACUGAAAAGCUCCCUCAACACAAUAGGGAUGUUAUAAUCAAAAUAUCCAAACGGGAAACCGUUAGUAACAGACAAUUUCGUGUGAGGGCAAACUAACAGCUACCCGUCAGAUUCAAACCGCCCAGCUAACACCGGCAUGCUCAGCGGUAGAGUGGUAAGACGACUGCACUAGUAAGCAGGAAGUCGUGGGCUUAGAGACUCACUCGAAUAGUACUGUUGUGAAAUUGCCACUUCAGCUUUAAAACGACAAGGUAACACCAACAAUGUUCGGUGGUCGAGUGGUAAGACAUCUGCACCGGUAUGUAGGAAGUCGUGGAUACGAGUCUGACCCGAGUAUUCACUGGCAAGCCCCGGCCAUUAUCAUGUUGCAGCCAUCUUGAUUUUCUCCCAUUCAAAUCAACGUUACCAAAACGAGGCUGGAAGGGAAAAUAGUCUGGUUCAUUUUUUGCGCAAAAGGCAUUAUCAUUCAGUGCUGUUAUUUGAUACCGCAAACUUGAAUGAAAUGGUGGCAGCAUGAUAAAGGACAGUUCUUAUGAACUUUUAGAAACGGUGUUGCUUGAUGUGUCAUUAACGUUCGGAUGCUUCAAACUCCAAGCUAACUUAACAAUUAUGGAGUACCAACGGCACUGCUUCUCAAGUUGCCACGGAAGAUGAAAGGCAUAUCGAAAGGAAUGCCUUUAAGCCGAUUGCAGACUACUUAUAUUGAAAGAUGGAGUCUCUUAUCUGUUAUCCAUUGGUGCGAUGUGUCGAGAGCAACUACGUUUUGAUACACGAUAUGCAAAUGAGAUGGUAUCCUGUAGCAAGAAGGAAGCAGUGAGUUGUCUUCCUAGUACUCGACUGCUGCCAGUGCAGUAGGGAUGCGCAAUACAGGUUAAACUAUUGGAGUCAUUUUCAUUGGCUUGACGCGCGGAUAUGAACCCAGUUUCCAUACAUGGUAUGCAAAUGAUGUUACUUGUGGCCAAUGGGACGCAAGGAGUUCUGUUACCGAUGCCGGCCCACGUACUAACAGGAAUAAGACGGUACAAACUGAUUACGUAUGGAGACAAUAUCGUAUUGGUGUCAAAAUACCUCGUUUGCCAAUUGCCAUGCAUGUUCAGAGAGGAUUUAAACAACAUUUUUAGCAAGCCUCCUCAAGCAUUAUUUUGUAAGCAUUCGGUAAACAAAAUGCAGACACUAUUUUCAAGGAAAUGUCGGCCCAAAUAAAAAAUUUCAAAACUGUGUAAUGGUGAAUACCAAAGGCUAAAUAGCGCCCUCAAAGUAAACAGCGCCCUCAUAUCAUAUUGGCUCCCAGUCCCUAACGGGGGUGGUAAGCGGUAUGAUGGCAAGUAUAUGUUUCAUGAAUAUUUAUAACGAAUGAAAAUGCUCCAUUAUCUUGUCAUUGCGUUAUUGAUACAAACAUUUCGCAGAAUAUACAUAUAAUUAUAAUAAAACUAUUUUUCAAGUGUAAAAUCGUAUGCUGUCUGUAAAAAGGACGCUAUUAUAUUGAUUUUUAUAGGCAAAAUAAAUAACAUGGAACUUAAUAAAUUUAAAGCAUCUC